AAAAGAAAAAUAAAACGUUAAUUCCUAUGUCCCAAUAUGUAUAAAUAUUUUUUUUUUCUUUUGGAAGAAAACCUUCAUAUUAGUUGGGUUGGUGGGCAAAAACACAAACAUAUUGCAGGCACUCCAAUUUAAGCUCUAAAUCCACUACCCCAACUUCUUGAUCCGCCAUUUUUUUGGAAAUCAAGCUUCUACUUUUACCUCCACACCUGAUUUCUUCUCGUUCUAGGAUUCCGGGCACAAGAAUUUAUCAUGGGCAACGGCUCCUCCAUGCUCACUCAGUACGACAUUGAAGAGGUCCAAGAACACUGCAGCAACACCUUUUCCCAGCAGGAGAUAGUUUCACUGUACCAGAGGUUCUGCCAGCUGGACAGGAGCGGAGGCGGCUUCAUCUCCGCCGACGAGUUUAUGACUGUACCAGAAUUUGCAGUCAAUCCCCUCUCUCAGAGAUUGUUAAGGAUGCUGGAUGGGCUAAAUUUCAAGGAGUUUGUAUUAUUCCUAUCUGCUUUUAGUUCUCGAGCGAGCUUGCAGCUAAAAGUUGAAUUUAUUUUUAAGGUUUAUGAUUCUGAUGGUAAUGGAAAAGUUAGUUUCAAUGACAUUCUGGACAUAUUGCGGGAUUUGACGGGUCAAUUUAUAGCUGAACAUCAGAGAGAGCACGUUCUUACUCAAGUUCUCGAGGAAGCAGGCUACACCAAAAAUUCUCUAUUAGUUCCAGCCGAUUUCAUGAAGAUCCUGGGCAGUUCUGAACUGAAGAUGGAAGUUGAAGUUCCAGUAGAUUAGAGACGAGAAACUAUAGUUUUCGAAGUAUUUAUCUGUGAAACUCAUGUUAAUGACAUUUGAUCCAUCAUGUUUUAAGCCACUUAGCUACAGAUUCAAUGUAAGUGUUCUGUCUUCUUCACUUGCUACAUUUCUUGGAUGCUUGGUUUUACUUGUAAACAAAUAUCUAUAAAUUUCAAGGUUAUAUUAAUUUGAGGAA